GCAACCGAAAAAAAAAAAAAAAAAAGAGGAAGGAAAGGUAGCGUAUUGGUCGUCUCCUUCCUCUCGACGCUCCAUCUCUCCUCAAUCGAGAGGGUUUCUGCAAGUCUGCUGAAGUAAUCAAACCUUCCCAGGGCUUCAAUUCAGCUCAAGCUUCUGUGUGAGGGUGGUGGCAAACAUGCCAGACGUGCAGUCCCUCGUGAUUGAGUUCGUUCUCAAGCUCAAGAAACGUAAGGUUGAGGGCUCGCAGGCAACGGCGAGGCAGACGGCUGUGCUGCUCCGUUCGGUCAUCUCGCAGCAGCGAAUUGGAUAUACCAAUCAAGCUGGUGCUUUAAUUGAUGCCGUCAAGGCAGUUGGAGAGCAGUUGGUUGCCGCAAAUCCUGUCGAGCUUGCUGUUGGUAAUAUUGUCAGGCGUGUAUUGCAUAUAAUUAGGGAGGAGGAUCUUUCACUCACUACUGCUGCUAUGGCGGGGUUGAACUUGUCGGCUGUAAGUGAUGACGAUGAUGAUAACGAUCAAGAUGAUCACCCGGUUUUAUCAGCUGCUGCUGUUGCCGCUGCAGCGAGGAGCACUUUGCGUCCUCCUUCCUUGCAAACCCUUUUAGAGGAUAUGCCCGACCCAGCGGCUGUUCCUCACACUUCUUCAUCAGGGGGUGAUUCUGAAGAAAAAAGCAAAUCUGCUGACAAAAGCUCAAGAAGUCGGAAGCUGAAGCAUGAUGUCAUUGAAGCAGUCAAUGAACUUAUUGAAGAUAUUGACACUUGCCAUGAGCAGAUCGCUGAGCAAGCAGUGGAGCAUAUUCAUCAUAAUGAGGUGAUAUUGACACUCGGCAGUUCAAGGACAGUUCUCGAAUUUCUGUAUGCUGCGAAGGAGAAGAAAAGAUCAUUUCGGGUAUUUGUUGCAGAGGGUGCUCCCAGAUAUCAAGGGCAUCUUCUUGCAAAAGAAUUGGUUGCCAGAGGUCUUCAAACAACAUUGAUUACUGAUUCCGCUGUAUUUGCUAUGAUUUCUCGAGUGAACAUGGUCAUAGUCGGAGCUCAUGCAGUGAUGGCUAAUGGAGGGGUUAUAGCACCUGUAGGGCUAAAUAUGGUUGCACUAGCAGCUCAAAGGCAUGCUGUUCCUUUUGUUGUACUUGCUGGAAGUCACAAGUUGUGUCCUCUCUAUCCACACAAUCCAGAGGUUUUGCUUAAUGAGUUAAGAUCACCUUCGGAGCUCCUCGAUUUUGGGGAGUUCUCGGAUUGCAUGGACUUCGGAAGUGGCUCGGGCUCACCACUAAUUCAUGUUGUAAACCCUACAUUCGACUAUGUUCCUCCAAAGCUUGUCAGUCUAUUCAUAACUGACACAGGAGGGCACAACCCUUCGUACAUGUAUCGGCUUAUCGCAGACUAUUAUUCUGCUGAUGAUCUGGUUCUACAGAGGAAAGCGGCUGCAAGCAAUUGAGCGUGAGAUCCAUUUUCUGCUUUCAGUAAGUAGUACCUACACAUUAGGCCUCAUCGUGCACAUUUUCACGUUAGCUCACUAAGCAAUUGAUGUUGUAUGGCAUUGCCCAUGUUUCAUACAAAACAAUAAGUCUAGGAAGAAGCAUUCUGUUUGCAUGAUUAACCCGCAAAGAGAAAAAGCUUUCUAUCUCUAAUUAACUGUGAUAGACUCGAUACUAGAUACGGGAGAUGACUGCUGGAUGAGGUGGCAUGCAUAGGUACGAUGAUUUGCUGUUCCUGGAGAUACCAAGUUAACAAGGACUGUGCAAUGACAUUGUUGAACUGCAGAAUUGGAAAGUUGAGAGGAGAGAAGUGAAGAUUCCCAGUUUUGGUAGGAUAAGAGCUGUAACUAAAAAGAUAGAAAUGUUGAGGGGCUUAAUAAGACAAAAAGGGGUUUGAAUCAUAUGACCCUUUUUUUCUUUUCUUUUCUUUUCUUUUCUUUUCUUGGAGGUGAGUUGUGCUGUUGAGUAGGCGACAGAGUUUUGCCUCUCUGUAGAAUUGAGAUGAUGAAAAUUUCUAAAAUGCCUGAGAUUUCCCCGUCUUUUAUAA